AUGGAGGGUGCAUCCCGCCAAACAUCAAGACUAUUACGGUCCCGAGGUAACCUGCUGCUGCAGCUUCGCCGUCUUCCCCGACCGGCCACCCGGACAGCCCUAUCUACGAUACAAUGCCGCGCGCUCUCAAAUUCGAGCCGCAAGCUCGCCCCAGAGUCCCUUUUCAGCCAAUUUGGAGGUAGCUCUGCGGCUUCGCACAACCCAUCAGGGGGCCCAACCACUUACUUUACGAACCGACCAACCCUCCCCGCAAACACGAUCGUACGAUUCGUGCCCCAGCAGACGGCAUGGAUUGUGGAACGGAUGGGAAAGUUCCACCGGAUUCUAGAGCCCGGUCUUGCUAUUCUGUUUCCAUUCCUGGAUCGCAUUGCAUACGUCAAGAGCUUGAAGGAGUCGGCGUUGGAGAUACCCAGCCAGAAUGCCAUUACCGCGGAUAAUGUCACAUUGGAGCUGGAUGGCGUGUUAUAUACCCGAGUGUUUGAUGCAUACAAGGCCAGCUACGGUGUGGAAGAUGCAGAGUACGCCAUCUCUCAACUCGCGCAGACGACCAUGCGAUCCGAAAUCGGCCAGUUGACCCUGGACCAUGUCCUAAAGGAGCGCGCCACACUCAACACGAACAUCACACAAGCGAUCAAUGAAGCUGCACAGGACUGGGGUGUUGUGUGUCUGAGAUACGAGAUACGAGAUAUUCAUGCGCCCGACGGUGUCGUAGCAGCCAUGCACCGCCAAGUCACCGCGGAGCGAUCCAAGCGAGCGGAGAUCCUGGAUUCUGAGGGUCAGCGACAGAGUGCGAUCAACAUUGCCGAGGGACGCAAGCAAUCCGUUAUCCUGGCGUCUGAGGCUUUGCGCGCUGAGCAGAUUAAUCUGGCGGCUGGUGAAGCUGAGGCUAUCCAGUUGAAGGCGGAUGCCACAGCACGUGGAAUUGAGGCCGUUGCGAAGGCCAUGCAAGAUGGUCAGGAGCAUGCCCAUGGUGCUGUUAGCCUGCGGGUUGCCGAGAAAUAUGUUGAAGCUUUCUCCAACCUGGCUAAGGAGGGUACCUCCGUUGUUGUUCCAGGUAACGUUGGCGACCUGGGCGGUAUGAUUGCCAGUGCUAUGGCUGUCUACGGCAAUGUCAGCAAGAGCCAGGCCAAGAGCAUUGCUGCCAAGACACUUGGUGCUCAGGAGUCAGAGAUCAAUACUACUCCGAAUACCGAGAAUGCUGCGACCAGCGAUUUGGUGGAGGAUGAGUUUGAGGCCGAGGAGUCGAAGGAGACUGACCCUAACAAUGAGGUCGCACGCAGUGUAUUGGAGUCAUUUUCCGAGGCUAGCCAGAAGGUUAAGCACUGA